GCACAUCGGGGAGCGCAGACGCCGCAACAUGGCGAAUGAAAACAAAGCAGGCAAGAAUGACACCGUGGGCUUAUUUCUCCAGGCCAUGGUGGACCGUGAGCCGGGCAAGAGGAAGGUGAAGCCCUCCAAAGCUGCACUGGUGGACCUGGCCGAGCUGGACCUCGGGGAGAGUUCUGACGACAGUGACUUUAACGUGGAUGAGGCUAAGCUCAAUGAUGAUGAUGAUAUAUCCAUUAAUAGCGACCCAGAUGCCCCCGAUGAUGAUGAUGAUGAUGAUGAUGACGUGGAUGCGGAGGGAGAGAGUGGUGAAGAAGCGGAAGUGACAUAUACAGCGCCAGAAAAGAAUCUCACAGUGACUCAGUUGCUGGAGCAAGCCAAGAAGAAGCAGGCUUUAGAGGCAGAAAAGGGUGUUGAGCGGCCCAAGAUCCUGGUGUGCUCGGUGUGCUUGGGGGACCACUCGGAUGACCUCAAUGAGAUCGUGACAUGUGAUGGCUGCAGUGUGUCUGUCCAUGAAGGUUGCUAUGGCAUCAGUGACUCCGUGUCCGUUUCCAGCACUGUGUCAUCAUGCUCCACCGAGCCUUGGUUCUGUGAUGCAUGUAAGGCAGGGGUGGUGGACCCUCCCUGCGAACUGUGUCCUAACCUUGGCUAUACAAUUUUUAAAGAAACAGAAAUGGGAAGAUGGGUCCAUUUGGUUUGUGCCUUAUACAUUCCAGGUGUUGCAUUCAGCGAGGUUGACAAGCUCUCCUUCCCCACCUUGUUUGAGAUGCCAUACAGCAAGUGGGGAGCCAAGACCUGCACCCUGUGUGAGGACGAGCGAUACUCCCGCACUGGUGUUUGUAUUGGCUGUGAUGCUGGCAUGUGCAGAGGCUACUUCCAUGUCACUUGUGCCCAGCGAGAAGGUUUGCUGUCUGAGGUGAACCACGGAGAGGCAGACCAAGCAGACCCGUACUAUGCGCACUGCAAGCUGCACACUGACCGGGAACUCAUAAGACGAAGGAAAAGAAACUGGCUUGCUCUGCAGCUCCACAUGAAGCAGGGAGAAGCAGACAAGUCUGGCUCAAGUCAGGAGACUCAAGAUCGCAUCCAGCGCAAGUUGAGCCGUUACCGGGACAAAUACCUCUUCAACAAGAACAACAGACCCACGCCAUGGUAUCCCACUCAGAAGAUGCCAAGAGCCCUUUCCACAUCUGCCUCCUUGUUCCGCUCUCUCCUCCACAAGACGGAGUUAAUGGGCCUGAGCACAGAGUCCCAGCCUGUUCAUCCCACUAGUGUUGGGGACAUCAGGAAGAAGUGGCACAUACCUCCUGCCUUCAACGUGGAAUUUAUAAGUUACUACCUGGACCGCACAAACCGACUAGCAGAGAUGAAAGAUCGCUUGGAUCAUCUUCUUACAGAAAAUUCUCAACUUGUUCAGGAGGAAACGCAGCUGAGAAUUAAGUGUAACCAGAUGGAGACAGAGUGUGAAAACUUAAAGUCAGAAAAUGAUGUACUUCUCAACAAGGCACUGGAGCUUCAUGACCUCCUCAAAGGGCUAGCUGGGCGCCCUCUUCCCCUGCCCCCCGUGGUGGCAGCCCUGCACAACCCACCAAGUCCUCCACUGCCCACCAGACCACUCCCAAAGGGCAGUCUGAGAGGACCCAUCAUCACCAAGGCUGCAGCCAAGAUGAUGACAGACCAGGCCCCUCCUGUUGGAGGUGAGUACUGGUCUCAUAGGUUACAAGGGUAUUUUCCAGACAUUGGAACAAACAGUCUUACCUUGAAUAGAUGUCGGGUGUGUCAGUUGACCAAGGAACAGCACUUGUUGAUUGAGUGUGACACAUGCGGGCAUUACUAUCACCUCUCCUGCCUCGAUCCACCCCUCACACGCAUGCCCAAGAAGACCAAACAGAUGGGAUGGCAGUGUUCAGACUGUUGCAAAUCCUCUGACUCCGACAAGGCCCCAGAAGUGGACACGGCAGCUCCUCGCAGGCUGCGCAGGAACAUUAAAGAACCCGCCAAGUUCUCACCGUCACUGGUAUCUGAAGUCAAGGGUAAUGAAGUUGGAGAGAAGAGCCAGAUGGGCAUCAUGCCACCAGUCAGUGUGGUGCCCACGAGUGUGGCCCCAAGUACUGAUGACAAGCCUCCAGUUCACCUGUACCACCCUGGUGUGGCCUCAGUAGCUGGGCCCACAGAGGAAUCUCCAGAGGCUGCAACUAUUGCUGGCAAGAGGAGAAGGAGCUCGGAUGGUAAGAAAACAACACCAAAGAAACAGAAGAAGUCACCAGGUGACAUAGAACACACCUCAUCUGAAAAUGUUCUUGUGAGCACAUUAAUUGAGCCCAUGCCCACAAACAAGAUGUCACCCACCACUGCUGCUGCACGGGGCAAGAAGGGGCCGCCAGAGCUGCCCUAUCAAGAUGCUCUCCAGACUGUCCAGCUAGAGACUCGGUCAGGUCGGAGUAGGAAGCUCCAUCCUGAACCACAGGCACCACCCGUCUCCAUGCAGUGCAGCGUCUCUACUGCAGCACUCACAGCAACAACCACAUCUUUACCAGAUAGGCCCAUGCCAGCAGUAGCACAAAUCUCCGAAGCCUCAUCUCCUAGCAAGAACCGCCGAGGGCAGGCAGACUCCGCCCAGCCACCUGUACCCUCCCAGGCCACCAACUCCCCCUCACGGCAGCGACGACAACCUCCAGAGGCAGGUGAAGCGCCUCGUCCACAAAUCUCUUCCCCAACACGUAGCCGAAGGCACCAAGCUGAACCCAGUUCUGAGUGCCUAGCAGAACCUCAACAGCCUGCCCCACCACAAACAGAGUCGGAGGCCACUCAGGGCUCAGGAAAUCUUCAGGCACCAACAACUGAAAAUGUGGAGCCCAUUUCUCGGCGAAGAGGUGCUUCCAGCAUGCAGCUCGACACCAGUGUGGAGUCGCUCCCUUCAGUGGCUUCCCUGCACUCCCCCACCUCAGAGUCCUUCCACAGCGCUGAGGAUGACCCAUCCUCUCCCAGGAAAGAGAAGAGGCACCGAGAUGGAAGUAAAAAGAAAAAGAAAGACAAAGAUAAAGAGCUUGAUGGUGUGAAGAAAAGAAAAAAGCACCACCAUCGGGAUAAACAUGGCAUGGGUGAAAUGGCAUCAGAGAUUGUCACACCGUUCAGAAUAAAGAUCAAGCACCUUCUCCCUCGGCCAUUGGACGAGGCUGGACAGGGGGUGGGUGCAGCACUUCCUGCCUCCACCACCAGCCAGACCUCAGCUGGUGCAGUCUCCUCAACUGCCAUUACCUCUACUGCCACCACCACCAUUACCACCAAUGCAACAGCUGCCACCUCCACCACUGCCACUUCUGUGACCAAUACAUCUUCCAAUUCUACCCUGGCAACCCACUCCAACUACCAGACCAGGACCCCACCAGCAGGGUAUCCUCCUCUUCCACCAGGGUACACACUAACUCAACCCAUGGCUCCACCAUCCUCAACCACCUCCAACACCAGCAACACAACCACCAGCACUCAUUACCCAAGCUCCACCUCCAAUCAUGCCUCCACGAGUCAUGUGAACACCUUCAGCACAGGUGGAAGUUCCAGCAGUCGGAGGAGGUCAGACCCCAGUGACCCUCAGCAGUUCAGUAAAUGCGACGUGUGUGGGGAAACUGGCGGAGUCACCAACACAGUCUCGUGUGAUGAAUGCAACAAAGCCUAUCACUUCAAUUGUCUGGAGCCUCCCCUUAAGAAGUCCCCUAAACGGCGUGGAUAUUCAUGGUUCUGUGAAGACUGCGAUAGUGCGGUAAGCACCAUAAACUUGGCUCACAUACAAUGGAAUAUAAAUGUCUCGUAAUUUAUCUUAUUAAUGUAUCAAGUUGUUACCAUCAGCUGGCACAAAGCAUGCAGCUGAUUUAGUUUAGUGAUUUUUUUGCAUUUUAUAUGCAUGGUUUUAUUUUUUAUUAUUUUAUUUAUUUAUUUGUUUAUUUAUUUAUUUUUGACAUUUAUGUACUGGUUUUGAUUGAUGUUGGACGUAAAAUUUAUAUUUUGUUCAGUAGCUUUGCACAGUGCUUUAUAUAUCCAUAUUUUUUUGUAAAUAUUAUUAUUAUAACUAUAAUGUUAAAACUAAGCUCACCCUUAAUGGAGGGGUAACCCAAGUGCCAAGUACCUAUGAAACAUGACAUCACAGGUACACAUAGUAAUCAUUAAGUACAGUUUUGAAAGUGGCAUGCACCAUAUUUGUUGUGCUGGGGCUCAGACUUAGUGAGUAUAUUAAAUAUGAUUUUAGUUGAAUAAUAAAAAUUCAGUUUUGAAAAUCUUAUCUAUCCUAAGUAUAUUUUAGAUUAUUACCUGGUGACAGCCACCUGUUUUUGGAUCCUCAUGUUGGAUAAGUGACAUAUUAUAAACAGCAUUCAUGGAGGUUAUAAUUUUUUAAAAAAUUACUCCAAAGUCACUAAUAAUCUUGUAUAAAGAAAGCCUCCAUGGUAUGAGAUGAACAGUCAUGUUGACAGCAUACAGUUAAUCUUUACACUUCUACACAACCAAGCAGUGUCUGGCAGAGGCAGACCUAUGGUCAGCCAAAAAUAAGAUAUUUUAAAACCCUGAGGCAUUGAACACAUGGGUAAAAUGUGAGCUCAUUGCAUAAUACAUAUUUCUUA